GAGACUUGUUUGGGCAUUUCAGCACUGGACAGCUCUCUCCUACUUGUCUCGUGCUCACAAGCGCACUUCUGGCACGUGCGCUGGGGAAACUGCCAUCCGUCACAGCUGGUGGGGGGCACGAGAAGACAGCAUGGCGGACACUCCGCAGCAUCAUCCCCGCAACUGCUGCUAACGCAGAUCCUCGAGAGAUGAGCAUUCCGGAGUUCCUACUGGAAUUGGCCAUUGUGGUGAUAGCUGUUGUCUCGUUGUUGACAAACUUGUCAGUGCUUCUAUGUUUCACCCAGAGCUCCGACUUAAGAUCCCACGUACCAGGCAUCUUCAUCCUAAACCUCUGCUUCUCCAACAUCCUCCUCACUAUCAUCAACAUGCCCGCCACGUUUCUCGGUGUGACCAAAAGUGCAAAGCCCUUCGGGGACUUGUUCUGUCAAUCUGUCAGUUUUGCUGAGACUUUUCUCACCACUAAUGCCAUGCUGAGCAUGGCCGCGCUGAGCAUGGACAGGUGGGUGGCGGUGGUGUUUCCCCUGAGUUACUCCAGCAAGAUGCGCUACAGGGACGCUUUUCUGAUCGUGGCGUACUCCUGGCUGCAAUCUCUCACCUUUUCUCUGGUCCAGCUGCUGAUGGACUGGGGAGGUUACAGCCACACUUACGCUUCGUGCACUGUUCACCUGGAUGUGGAGGAGAGGUCGCAGCUGGCCGCCUAUGCGACCUUCACCGCGCUGUUCCACUGUAGCAGCUUUGCGCUCUCCCUCCUCGUCCUGUGCUUCGCCUACCUGAAAGUUCUGAGAGUGGCCAGGUCCCACUGCAAGAGGAUAGAUGUAAUUACAGUGCAGACUCUGCUUCUGCUGGUUGAUAUUCACCCCGGUGUGAAGGAGAGGUGUCUAGCUGAACAGAAGAAGAGGAGGCAGCGUGCUGCUAAAAAAAUUUGCAUCUUCAUAGGUUCCUUUAUCUUCUGCUUUUCACCCUAUGUUAUAACAAGGUUGGUGGAGUUGUUGCCCUCUGUGCACAUCCCCCGGUAUUGGGGCAUCACCGCCAAAUGUCUGUCCUAUUCCAAGACCUCCAGCGACCCAUUUGUCUACUGUCUGCUGCGCCAGCAGUACAGGAAGGUCCUGGUUAGUACCAUCAGUCGGGUUCUAAGAAAGGAUAAAUACUUGCUGUCUGUCCACAGCACGAGCAGCAUGCUGGACACCACAGAAGACAACUGUAUUGCCAGAAUUACCUGAGCUUGAUGUGCAAAUAUUUGAAUGAUUCAACACCUGCAUACCUUCUGCAGGAAGGUCAGAGGUCAGGGUCUCUGAAGAGCAGCAGCCCUGCAGAAGGGAGUCUUGCUCAAGGACACUUUAACACAUGGGUGGACCACAGGCUCCUUAAAGCCAUGGUGUUCUCCGCUGGGAGAACUGCGAAGGACAUGAAACAAUGUACGUUCAAUGAGAUUGCACACUGUGCCAAAGGCCUUUUCAGACUCUACAGACUGUUGUUUCCACAGGGCUGGUCAGUUCGCCUGCUGAGGCAUUGCCAAGAACACACCACAUAAAGCCCACAAUACUAUGUUUAUUACUAUGAUCAGUGAAAAUGUACAGUUGAAGUAACAUUUGUAAUUGUUAUGACAUGGUCUUCAUGUUUCAGUAA